CGCCUCCUCUGCACACACAGAGAGACUGAAGAACCAAAGGAGACGCCUUUAACAGAGAGAGAGAAACAGAGGAGUCUCAUCAAUGGCAAUGACCUCCUGUUUCUUCACUGUCCCAACACCGAACACAUCAUCAUCCAUCUCUGAAUCCAAUCUCCAACGUCCCCACCUCGCUUUCUCUCCGAGACUCUCUUCCUUCUCAUCCUCCUUCACCGCAAAGUCCAUCUCUUUCCACCGCCGCGUCACUAUUUCCCCUGUUUUCUCCAAAGGCGGCUCUGACAACAACAACAACAACAAUAACAACGGAGGAGAUGGUGGUGAUGGUGGCGAUGGUAAUAACGGGGAUGGAGAUGGUGGUGAGGAUAGGGAUAGGAACAGGAGCGAGGCGAUGAUGUUGUUGGCAGAGUCUGGGACUGAAUUGGAGAGUCUUCCUAAGGAUCUGGUGGCUGCUAUUGAGUCUGGUCGGAUUCCUGGUUCGGUUAUUACCCGGUUCCUUGAGCUUCAGAGAUCGGCUGUGAUGAGGUGGCUGAUGCAGUUUGGUGGGUUUAGGGAAAGGUUGUUGGCUGAUGAUCUCUUCUUGGCUAAACUCGCCAUGGAAUGUGGUGUUGGUGUCUUCACUAAGACUGCUGCUGAGUAUGAACGGCGUAGAGAGAAUUUCUUCAAUGAACUUGAAGUUGUCUGUGCCGAUGUGGUGAUGGCUAUCAUUGCUGAUUUCAUGUUAGUUUAUCUUCCUGCUCCAACCGUGUCACUUAAACCACCUCUCGCACUUACUGCUGGUGGUAUAUCCAAGUUUUUCCACAACUGCCCAGAUAAUGCCUUCCAGAUUGCUAUCUCUGGAACCUCUUACUCUCUCUUGCAAAGGUUUGGUGCUAUAGCGCGCAAUGGGGCUAAGCUGUUUGCCGUUGGCACCACAUCAUCGCUGGUUGGUACAGCUGUUACGAAUGCAUUUAUAAAAGCAAAAGGAGCAGUGGACAAGACUUCUGAAGGUGAAGUUGAGACAGUUCCAAUAGUCUCCACAAGCGUUGCAUAUGGUGUUUAUAUGGCAGUUUCUGCCAACCUAAGGUACCAAGUAGUAGCUGGUGUGAUAGAACAACGUUUCCUGGAGCCAAUGCUACACCAACACAAACUUGCGCUUAGUGCUAUGUGUUUCGCUGUUAGAACAGGAAACACAUUCUUGGGUUCCUUAUUAUGGGUGGAUUAUGCACGUCUCAUAGGGAUCCAGAAAUCUCAUUGAUGGGUCAGAAGGAGAAGAAGAAGAACAUGAUGAGCUUGUUUCAACAUGAUCUGCUUUCUUAUCUAUACGAAACUACAUUGUUUCUGAAUUUCAUUGGUUCCUAUUUCUAGAAUAUUAGUCGAUGAUUCCAUGCAAACCAAGGCCUAUUUUCACAAACCACAUAAACAGUAAGCAUCAUUGUCUAUUUCACUGCAACACUAAGCAUCUUUGUGCAGAGUUUGUUUUGUCUUUAACAACAACACUUCUUAAUUUAGAAGUAGCUCUCCCUUUUACAUUAGGCAAUGAUUUCAUCUCUCC